CCCCGAACAGGCGCCGACAGCGUCGCACGAGGCAGAACACAUGCCAUGGCGAUGGGGUUUGCGACGCAGCUGCCUAAGACAGGCAGAGCGUUGCUUGCAGGAUUGUGCCUGACAACCCCUUCGGCAUGACGAGCGUAGUUCGGCUGCUCAGCGAUCAAGAUGUCAAUGUGGACGACUCGGAGAAGGUGCAGAAUGCUAAGGAUGGAUCCAUGUGUUCCUCCCAAGAGAGCCAAGCGCCCUCGCCGGCUUCGCUGUGCCCACCAGUGACACCUUCGAUAGCAUCGACGGUGUCCCCGCGCUCGAGAAAGAGACCCUCCGAGCGGAUGGCUCAUCGGCAGUCGCUGCGGCGUUCGAAUACCACCCGUUCCCUGAAGAGUGAGGGCUCCAGGGCGUUCUCCAAAUCCAGGAGUAUCGCGAGGCUUGAGCAAGCCGAGCUGGAGGACCUGGCGGCGGAGCUCACACAUACGCAGCACGUGAAGGUAAUGGAGCAGCAAUCCUCCAGUGGGGUGCUGGCCGACUACAUCGAGCGCUGCAAGGCGGCAGACAACUCCUGGAGGCUCACUAACGAGAGGUACCUCUACUACUACCUCCACAGCAGACCAAACACCUUCUUGGGCGAGGCAGGUCAGCAUGCGACGGGCCUUCUUCUGCGCGAGCAGCUUGAAAGUGAUUUGAUGUGUAGCAUUGUCGCCGAAAGGAAGAAGGAGGGGGUGAUGCCACCCACCGGCCUCAGCGACUUCAUUGCUCAGGUCCGCAACAUUCAGAACAUGAAGUCGACCCUUGCGACGAUCACGGCCUCCAUCCACAACUGGGAGAUGAACGUGAAGAUGUUGGAGUUCGGUUACAAGGACGACCAGGAUGUGGUCCUCACGCGCCUUGAGGACCGACGUCAGCUGCACGAGAGCUUUUGGAGCAUGUACCACGACCGCGCCCGUGACGAGCGGAAGGAACGGAGCCUUGUGGAGGAAGCACACAUUGAAGGUGGGUACGAGACGCUGGCGCGCUUUUCCAGCGCUGUGGAGCAGCAGCUUUGGGCCGCAGAGCACCGCUGCCCUGGCGCCCAGAAGAAGGUCACCAGCAGCUUCACGAAGCUGCCGGUGAAAGUCACCCAGGAGCUGCGGGGCCUGGAGAAUCAGACGCCCUCGGCCAGCCGCUGGAAGCUGCGGCCUUGCAGCGCCCAGGUGCAGCGUGCCCAGGCGGUGCUCAGGGACGUGCUGCUGCAUCGACCAGCCAGCGCUGGCGCGCUCAGGACAUGCCAAAAAGAGCUGCCCGGGCUGGAGCGGCCCAAGCCGAUCUUGCCGGAGCGGAAGGACAUGAUUCGGUCCAUGAGCAGCAGGCCCACCAGCGCCGGCUCGGUCGCCCGCAGCCGGGCCAGGCCUUCAAGCGCUGGCUCCUGGAGCACUUUGCCCUCGAGGCCGCAGAGCGCCGCCGUCGGCAGGCUGAGGCACCUCACCCAUCCGGACAAGCGCGUGCCCCUGACCGAGAAAGACCUGCAGCCCAUGAGCUGCGAAGCUUGGCCCGCCACGCCGCAGCGAAGCCGGCGCCCACAAACCGCGCCAAACACUCGUCAUGUGCCAUCGAGCUGCCGCAAGUACCUGCAGGAAUGCCACCAGCGUGCCACAGUGCCAGACACGAUCGACUUCAACACGGGCCUCUCCAGCAAGCUCCUUGCACAGAGGAGGGGCUUCACAGAUCAUGACCUUCUGGCCAUCACAGGCAUGCUGCAAGACCGCGAGCACAUGGAGGAAAUCAACCUCCGGGAGAACCUGAGUCUUACAGACGCUGGAAUUGUGCCAUUUUUUGAGCAGCUGGCCAAGGGGGAGCACUUGAUGGAGCAUCUGCGGAAGAUGGACUUCAAGCUCUGCAAGGGCAUGGGGUGCCGCAGCUUGGAGUCGCUGCUGCGGUUGUUGCCGGUGGCGCGGCACCUCAGGGAGAUCAAUGUCAGUGGCGUUCAGCUGGGAAUGAAGCUGCAGCUGCGUUUCUGCGAGACACUGGGAGCGCACCCCAGCCUCACGUUCAUGUCUUUGGCCCGGGUGGGGCUUGGUGGACAUUGCCUUACCGGCAAGUGCCUCCGGCACUUGUUCGGAAGCGCGACCAACAAAAAGCUGGACCUCAGCUGGAAUGUCUUCAACAAGCAGGAGUUCCAAGUGAUGGGCGAUUACGUGGACGCGAACCUCAGCUUGGAACAUCUGCUGCUGGACAACUGCGCUGGCUACACGGUUCGGAAAGACACGCCCAUCUCUGAGCUGGUGGAGAAGCUGGCUUUCAACAAGGCACUGAGGAGUUUGAGCGUGUGCACCAACCGCAUUGACUCGCGAGCUGCCUUGGUGAUCGAGGAUUCUCUUGAAGGUCACCCAAGGCUUUCGCGGCUCUACCUGCGGAACAACCCCUUGGGUAUCAUGGGCUUGCGCAGCAUUCUGCGGCUGCUAUGUCGGGAGCAGUCACGUCUGUCCAGGUUGGACAUCGAGGGCUGCCAUGGAGGUAAGUCCGGGGACGAGGUGGUCUCAGAGACCUCACAGGUGUUUUCCUUCACCAAUCCUGGUGGCAAGUAUGUGCUGGACCUGACCAUUCCCUAUGACCGCAGCCUCUGCAGGAUGCUGUACGAGACGGCGGAGCGCUUCGAGCUAGACCAUUCCAAGGCCUUUGUGAACAUUCACUACAGCAAGCCCCCGUACCAACAUCCCAUCCGAGACAGCAUCGGCCAGUACAAGGUGCGACGGGACGGCAUCCUCACUUUCACGUUCAACGUGGAGUCGGCCAUUGCAGCGAAGUGGUCUGAAAUCGCGGACGAUGACUUCGUGCACUUCCUGAACAGCCACCUUGAGAUGAUGCGCUUCACCCCCCACCGCAUCAAGAUGCGGCCCUUGUUGGCCAACUGGAAGGCCAUCAGCGGGAUGCACCUGGAGCAAGAGACGUUUUUGAGCGCGUUGGCUUCGGACUUCAACAUGAUCCUGCCGUAUCUGGAGUACAUGGUGAGGGCGUGCCCGGAAGCCAGCAACCAGACCAUCUUCCGCUUGAUCCCCAGCCUGAGAAGAGACGGUAUCUCCCUCUUCGCAGCCACUGCGCUGUUCCGGAAAAUGGAAGACUUGUUGCUCGCAAUGCGGGAGAUGGAGGCCUUCAUGCUUUUCAACCCCCAGAACCCUACGGGCCACUACAAGCUGAAGCUUGAGAAUUCCACAGACUUUGCGGUGGCACAACAGCUCUUACUCCUCGACCGCUGGGAGUCGGUGGUGAACAAGCGUCGCGGCCGCCACGAUGUGUCUCAACGUGGGAACCAGUCGCAGAUGCGCAAUGAGUGCUACAUGGGCCGGAGCUUGCACCUUUCAGUGAAGCUACUCACUGAGUGGGUGAUGCCAGAAUUUGGGGAGUUCGAGUGCGACUACGUCACCAGCACCCACCCCAAGCAAGGCUCGAAGCCUUUGAGCGACGAGCUUUGGGAGUCCCUGAUGAUGGCGAUGUACGACUCCCCAUGCGCCCCCGCGGAUCGCCUGAAAGUGCUGAAGACCAUCUCGCACCAGAUCUUUCUCAGCUCCCUUCACAUUCGGCAGAUGGUGGGCUUUUUCCGGAGCGACGCAGAUCGGGAGGAAGCCCUGGUCUUCUUUUGGCCGAGGCUGGUGGACAAGUACAACGCCAAGGUCUUCAGAGUGCGCUUUGAGAAGCAGGAGGACAUCGUGCGUCUUCAGGGGCGGCUGGGCUAUGUGAGCUUUUUCCCCUUCAUCCAGCCAGAGAACGCGGUCUUCCGGCUGAACCUAAACGUCUACGAGGAGCGGCUGGCGGCGAGCCUCUACGUGACGCUGAUGCUGCGGGAGUCUCCGGGGAACAUCAAGGACCCUUUUUAUCAAAAACCGGAUGGCAGCAUCGACAACCUGGUCAUGGGAGUGCCACGGAGCUGGGCCGAUUGGAAGCAGUGCCCCUCGGAGGGCAUCUUCUCUGGGCGCUACACUUGCGCCCCCGAGAACCGGGACGUGAACUUCCGGCGGCGCCUGGCCGAGACGUAUGGCUAUUACGACUCAAAGAUCAUGGCUGGCGUCACAGAGCAGGACAUCAAAUGGUGGACAGGCCUCACUGAGCCGCCCCCAGAUGUCCUUGAUUUGCUUGAGUUCAUGAUCAGCCGCUUCCAGAACUGUGACGAGGCGUUCUGGAAGAUCGUCGGCCUUUCUGACGUCAAGACCCAGCUGAUCACACUUCGCAACUUCUCGGCGGCCUUGAAGGCGAUGGAGUGCGGCAAGUUCAAAGGCGCGGACGAGACCCAGCGCCUGCAGGCGAUUUUCCGGUACCUGGACCCCGGGGGGGAAGGUAGCAUCUCCUUCAAUGAGUGGCGUGUGCUGGGGCAGCUGUGGAAUGAGUUUGAUUUGACCAUCCGCGAGUUCGUCCAAUUCCUGCAAAUCGCGUUCGGCGAGGACCUGCAAGAUGCGUGGAGUGCCUUGGACGACGACGGUAGCGGCGAGCUUUCAGAGCAGGAGUGGGAUGAAGCCGUGGCGAAGAUUGGCUACUUCGGGCCGUCCAGGGUGAUCUUUGCACUGCUCGAUGGCUCUGACGACGGGGACAUCUCGGUCACUGAGUUUGAGGUCCUCGAGAAGUACAAGCCCCCGCCCAAAGAGGAGCCUUGAGUUGCCCAAAGACUGGCAACGGAUCGCUCAUGGGGGGGAGAAGCGCAAAGCGAUUCCCGGCCCAGUGAGGGAGGGAAUCCUGAAUUGAGGUUGGGAUUCUAGUUGAUAGUGCAGAUGUGUCUCUCAAAAUUGAGGGUAGUCCAACCCUCUGGCUGGUGUGUUCUUUUGGCCUCGC